AUGAUUUAUACCAAAGCAGUUUUUGCGCUGCUAAUAAAUUUAAUUUUAUUACAAUGCCGUUUUUUUAAAACUAUGGCCUACACACAAAUUUCCACUAGUGGUAGAAGAGCAGAUGAUGGUGUCAAUGAUGGAGGAGGUCCUAAAAUAUACAAAGCAGUCAAUUUUGAUUUAAUAUUUCCAAAGAGUUUUAAUUCAAGUGAAAAUGUAAUCUCUACAACACCUGAAACUAUUCCCUCGCCAACAAAGACAGCUACUGCAGCAUUUGUUGGUCAACCAUAUUAUCCUUUGGCACAAUUGAACGAACCAACGUACACAGCCACGGCAGUAGAACAACGGGAGCCAACUCUAUUUAUUACACCACGACCAGCAGUGGCACCAACAACGACAGCACCAUCUAAUGAGGCUGGCAUUUACUAUGACACACAACAAAACACGAAUAGCAAUAACUACAAUGAACAAGUGGUGACACAAAAUGCCAUAAAUAUUCAGCAGCAACAACAACAACUAAAUGAUAAUAGCAAAGCCGAAAAGGAGCAGGAGCCAGAGCAACAACAACAACAAUAUUUAGCUACUGGUCGUGCUGUCGAUUAUCAUACUGGUUAUCCCUUUGGUCAACUUAUCACGCCAUUAAUCAAAAAUGCACCACGUCCUGUGUAUCGCAAACCCGUAACAUCGUAUUCAACAUUCCCAUCAUCAUCAUCAUCGGUGGCAGCAGCAGCUGCUAAGUUAGCCGCAGCACCAUCAAAUGUUGGCAAAAUUAUCUAUCCUCAGGCCAUGUAUCAACAAAAGCCACCAAGCCAAGCAGAAAUUGAUAAGUUACGCGGCAAAGGUAAGCAGCGAGAUCGUUUUUCUCCCAGUGAAGGUGUUGCCUCACAUAAUUUUAAGUCGAAUCAUGAUCACUCACAUGAUCACAAUCAUCAAAAUCAUGCACCCUCCUAUACACCGGUUGGAAAGACACCCUCCGCUUCCAAUGUGGUAAAUUCGUAUGUGCCACCCAGCAAUCUAUAUUCAUUUCCUCCCAAUAAUGUCAAUUAUCCUUCGCAAUCGCAAGAUACUAAAGAUGCUUUGCCUUCGGGAAAGGUGAAUUCAUAUUCUGCUCCAGCCUCGGGACCUUUGAAAAAUUCUAACUAUAAUUUAGACACAUCUAGUAGUAAUAGUAGUCCAUAUCAAUAUAAUGGGCCAGUAAGUGCGGGUUAUUUACCACCCUCAAAUGGUGGUGAUGGUGGUGGUGAUAAUGGAGAUGGAAAGGAUGAGGGUAAAAAUAAUGAUGGUGGGGGAGAUGGCGACUUUGAUAAUGGCGGAGGAGAUGAUUCUGUGGGUGUUUUACCAGCCAGUGCUAUGGAUCAGGGCGGUGAUGGUAAUGGUGAUAUGUCAAGCGAUAUGGCUGGUGAUAUGGGAGGUGAUAUGGGAGGAGAUAUGGCUGGUUCCAUGGAUACUCAAGAUGCUCCCGAUGACCAUUCAUAUGAUACAGGAAAGGAAUAUCCUACGCCACCGCCCGGUUGGUUGAAAGAACAUCCCGAAUCGGCUCAAGAUCAUCCCCAUCAUGAUCAUCAUCCUGAAAAACCCGAUAUAGAGUUCGAUCAUAGCCAUGAUCAUCAUCAUCAACCCGAUAUUAUAUUUGAUCAUGAUCACGAUCACUAUCAUCAUUCCUAUCCCUCAUAUCCAUCCUAUCCCUCAUAUCAUCAUCAUUAUCCUGAAAUUAUUUAUGAUGAUCAUCAUCAUGAUCAUCAUGUUGAGCCGCCACCGACCACAACGGAAGCCCCACUACCCGAACCACCACCAGAGCCACGUGUUAAGAAAUACAGUUAUUUCUAUAUUGGCCGUAAACUUUGGUAUAUUCCUUUGUAUUUCACCAUUUGGUUUAGUUUUUAUGUGCUGUGGUUGAUUUUGAAAUCUAUAGCCAGACAUAAGGUUAAUUUACCCAAUCAUUAUGUUUCCCGCAGAAGUGUGAAUUAUGAUUUCUCCAAAAACAAACAGGAAACUCUAAAUCAACUUACUGUGUCUGUUUUAGAUCAAAUUGAUAAAUUUAAGAGAAAAUAUAUGAACUGAUUAAAAAAAAAACAAACAUUGUGGGUAAAACGAACAAAAUACGUGUACAAAGUUAAAAUAUUAAUAAAUAAUUAAGAAUUUUCUAAUAAAAAUUAAA